AUGGAGAGAGACAGACCGACAAGCAGUCGGACGGUCAAUGCUGACGUACCUAAACACAAACGUACUCAUACAGGAGAGAAACCAUAUCAGUGUGAUAUCUGUGGUAAAUCAUUUUCUCGAAGUGCUGACUUACCUAAACACAAACGUACUCAUACAGGAGAGAAACCAUAUCAGUGUGAUAUCUGUGGUAAAUCAUUUUCUGAAAAUAGCACUUUGACUCAACACAAACGUGGUCAUACAGGAGAGAAACCAUAUCAGUGUGAUAUCUGUAGUAAAUCAUUUUCUGACAAAAGCUCUUAACUAAUCUCACAAUUUAUUCAUACUGGGGAAAAGCCGCAUCAGUGUGACAUCUGUGGUAAAUCAUUUCUCGAAGUGCUGACUUACCUAAACACAAAACGUACUCAUACAGGAGAGAAACCAUAUCAGUGUGAUAUCUGUGGUAAAUCAUUUUCUGACAAUAGCACUUUGACACAUC